UUAAACGCUAUCUCCGUCUCCUGCGCCUUCCGCUACUCAUAACGCCCCCGUGUUUGCGCUUCGCCCGACGAGAAGUGGAUCUGUCUGUCCGCCUCUCUCUCUCUCUCUGUCUGUGUGUGUGUCUCUGUCCUGUCUCUGUGUGUGUGUGUCUCUCUCUCACCGAAGUUUUGUUCUUGAUGUUGUUCUUGUUGCUGCUGCUGCUGCUAAAGAGGAUCCGUGUCACGUGCGUGUGAUCCGUGUCACACGCCGCUCGCGCCGAGAAGCCCUAAUUGCCGGAGAGCGAUUGGCUAAAUUCAUGCGCCACGCGUGGAGGAAUUAAUCACUCGCAAGGCGCGCAUCGAGAGCGCCGGGCAGCAGAGAGGCAGGACGAGAGGGAGGUGGAGUUUGGGUGAGGAUCGACGCCGAGCGCCUCUUCCACGCGGGGGAGGCCGUGCCGGGGAGCGGCUCGCGAGGCGAUGUAGGGGGCAGGAGCCCCCCCCCACCACCACCACCACCACCACACCUACCCCCCUCUCUCUGUCGAGUCAUGAAGUCGGUGAGCGCCGGCGUCGGGGUGAGCCACGUGAUGCCUGAGUCGUCUCCGCCGCUGGGCGCGCAGCUCCUGAGUGAGCGGUACCGGAAUCAUCACCACGUGCGACCUCACUUCGGCGAGGGUCUGCGUGGAGGAGAGUCGCGGAUGGAGGAGAGGGAGGCCCCCAGGUCGUGGCUGGAAGUUCGGGGCAGCCUCGCCAAACGCGACGGCGUCGGCGGGCCGGGCGGCGCCGGCUCCAUUAUGGCCGGAAAGCUCUCCCUGGGAAUGCUCCCGCUGGCACUGCACUUCGAGGACGGUCAGAUGAGAUCCUUGCACCACCACCAGCAGCAGCAGCAACAGCAGCAGCAGCAACAUCAUCAUCAUCACCAGCAGCAGCAGCAUCAACAUCACCAGCUCGGCGGCGGCGGCAUCGUCGGAGGCGGCGCUGGCGGAGGCGCGAGGGCGGAAUCGGCGCUGGCCGCCGAAGACCCGAAGAAGGCCCGGAAAUACCCGUGCCGGAUCUGCGGCAAGCGGUUCCGCUUCAACAGCGUGCUGUCGCUGCACAUGCGCACGCACACGGGCGAGAAGCCCUUCAAGUGCCCCUACUGCGACCACCGCGCAGCGCAGAAGGGCAACCUCAAGAUCCACAUGCGCACGCACACGCGGGCGGGCGCCGCCGACGCGGCCGCUGGCCCUCCCGCCACCGGCGGGGCCGGCGUCGUUGCUGGCGCCCGCGGUGGCGGCGCCGGCCCGCCGGGCGGGUCGUCUCUCCCGCGCAAGGCGGAGGGCGGCGAUGGCAGCCGCCUGCUCAUGGAGCUGGAGGAGAGGGCAGUGCUCAGGGACCUGCAGCUCAGGGGCGGCGCCGGUGCUCCCUCCGGUGCCACGGGUGACGCGGAGCGAGCGCCGGGCGAGGGCGCCGCGGCCGAGCGGGGGGAGGAAGCUGCCGCCGCUGCCGUGCCCGCAGGCCACCGCUGCUCCUUCUGCAAGGGCAAGUUCCGGAAGCGCGCCGAGCUGGAGCGCCACAUCGGCAUCCUGCACAAGCCCUACCGCUGCUCGCUCUGCCAGUUCGCCGCCGCCCGCCAGGACGAGCUGGCGCGCCACGUUGACGGCGCCCACGGCGCCGGCGCGGAAACCACCACGGUGCCGGCUUCGGCCGAUCCGGCUUCGGCCGCGACGGCGAGCACGCCGGCGGCCGCGGCGACCAGGGCGCCGGCCACGACGGCCGCGCCGGCGAGCGGCGGCAGUGUCACCGCGGCGGCGGCGAGCGAGGUGCGCUGCGAGGAGUGCGGGCAGACGUUUGCGCAGGUGUGGUUCCUCAAGGCGCACAUGCGCAAGCACAAGGGCUCGCUGGACCACGCCUGCACCGUGUGCGGGCGCCGCUUCAAGGAGCCCUGGUUCCUCAAGAACCACAUGAAGGUGCACACCAACAACGCCAGCAAGCUCGCCAAGAUCAUCGGUGCUUCCGCCUCCGCCGCCAACUCCUCGGCCGCCAAGGGCUGCUCGCCGCUCGCAGUCACCGUUCGCCGGCAGCGACCGGCGGCGGCGCCGUCGACGUCGACGCCGGACGGUCCGCCGGCCGCGACCGACGAUGCGGCGCGGGACGACGCGACGGCGCGGGGGCAGGCGUCGCCCUACGAGACGUGCGCCACCUGCGGCUUCCUCUUCCCGGACCGCGCCAGCCUGGCGCGCCACCGCAAGCUGCACGCGCGCUCCGACGAGAUGACGGCGAUGGCGACGGCGGUGGAGCGCGUCCGCCAGGAGGAGGAGGACGACGAGGAGGAGGAGCGGCGGCGGCGGCAACAGCAGCUGCCAGCGCUGCAAGCGGAGCACGCGGCCAAGAGGUCGUUCUUGGGGAGCCUGGAGCUGGCACCGCCGGCGGCGAGCGACGGAGCCAUGCGGCGCGAGGCGGCGACGUGCGCCCGCCCCGUCGAGUUGGAGCCCGCCGAGAACUACCAGGCGUGGCGGCCGUACGCGAGGGGCCCCGCGGCGGAGACGCGCUUCCACGAGAACCUGCCGGAUGGCGACGUGGGCGGCGGCGGCGGCUCGGGAGGAGGGGGGCAGCCGGACCGCGGGGACGUUGACGGCAGGGCGAGGAAGAGGGAGCGCGACUCGGACGAGAGCCCGCGGCCCAAACGGCGCGGCUCGCGGGCCGGGUCGGAGGGCAAGGACCGCCCGGCCAGUGCGGACGCCGGCGACGACGGCGGCGGAGGCGCCGUCAGGAGGAGCGGCGGUGGAGGAUUCGGAAUCGGCUUCAGAUCCCCUGCGUGGCACGAGGCUCGCCCUGGAGACCGCUGGCGAAACUCGCGAUGUCACGAGCCGCUUGGCGCUCGCUCCCGGCCGACGCGACACCAAAACCAACGGCGCCGCCAGCACCAGCAGCAGCACCAGCAGCGCAGUGGAAGCGACUGCGGGAGCUUCGGGGAGAGCGGGGGGAGCUGCAGCACGAGCAGCGACGCCGACUCCGUCUACGCCAGCGGCACCAGCAGCCCCGCGCCGGCGGACUCCCCGCGACGCGCCGAGUGCCGAGCCGCGGCCGCCAUGGGGGAGGAGGAGGAGGGGGAGGAGGAGGAGGGGGAGCACCACGCCGAGUCUCCGUCGCCCACGUCAGAGCUGAGCGAUGAGGUGUUGCGCCUGCUGGGGGAUGGGCAGCAGCUGCAGCACAGCAACAAGGACAGGGGGGGUCGGGGGUCACGGACGGAGAGGGACUGCCCCUUCUGCGCGAAGACGUUCCGCAGCUCGCACCACCUGAAGGUUCACCUACGCACGCACACAGGGGAGCGUCCGUACAAGUGCCCGCACUGCGAGUACGCGGGGACUCAGUCCUCCUCCCUCAAGUACCACCUGGGCCACUACCACCGCUCGGUGGCCACGCAAAGCACCGCUUCGCUCAAGGCCCUGCUCGCCCUCAACCACCAGGCCCCGGUGACCACCGCCGCCGCCGCCACCGUCGCCUCGGCGGCCGCUUCCGCCAUCUCGCCGCGUGGAGCCGCCACGGGUCGCAACAACUCCUGCUCCUCGUCGACGUCGACGGCACCGUCACUGUACCGCGACUGCGGCCGGCUUCCGAAGGAGCCUGCCGGUGCCGGCGUUCGACGGCGAAGCCAGGACGGCGGGGCAGUUCCGGCCGCUGGGCUUCCUCGAGCGCAAGUUGGUGGCAGCAGUGGGUGGCCACGGCCGUGGCGGCGGCUGCGGCGGUGGCGGCGGCAGCGGUGGUGCUCACGAGCCGCUCGACCUCUCGGUGAAACCACGCCGGGUCGCCAGGGCGCCGCGGCAUCCGAUCGCCGAGCACCUGCAUGCACCGCCGGCACCGCCGCCACCGCCGCCGGCAAGGAGCUACCGCGUUAUCGCCACCGGCGCCAGCACCGCGCUGCCUUCGUCGAGAGCCGACGAAUCGAGACUCCGUGUCUCUUCUGCCACCGCCAAUGCCACGUCCGGGCGGACAGGCCCACCACUGCUGAGCUCCGGCGAAAGCUCCGGCAAACGCGGGCCACUCGCUGCGACGCCGGCUGGCCGCACGGGCCCACCCCCGCUCAUGAAGGCCCAGGUGCUGCCCACCGCUGGCCCGGCACGGCUGCCAAGUGGGCGGUGGCCGCGAUGGUUACGGUAGCAGGCGGCGGUGGUGGUGGCGCUGGCUGUAACAGGAGUGUCGUUGGCAAACCGAAUGGCGCGCUGUGUGGCAGGCGGGGCGAUGCGGCAGCCGUUGCGGAAUUCUCCCGGCAGCUGGGCCUCCUCUCCGCACCGGUGCACACGGCGCAGAAGCCACCGUCGCUGUCCUCCCCUUCCUCCUCUUCCUCCUCCUCUUCUUCCUCAUCCACGUCAUCGCCGCCAUCGAUCGCGGGACACAAGGACGAGGAGGAGGAGUCGGCGGCUGCGACGUCGAAGGCGUCAGCGACGGAGGCUUCAUCAGCUGUGCCGUCGUUGGAGACUUCGGCCUGUGCCCGGGCCGUGAUGGGGGAGCAGCAGCAGCAGCAGCAGCACGAGGAGCAGCAACAGCAGGAGAGUGAGGGGAGAGUGAGUGGCCUGGACAAGACGUGGGAGUGGCUGCGCUCGAGUCUGCCCAGCCUGGCUGGCCUGGAGAUCCCCACGCGCUGGGUGCUCGAGGCGGCGGCGGUGGCAGCGGCCGGAGGAGGAGGCGGAGGAGGUGAAGGAGGUGGAGGAGGAGGAGGCGGAGGAGGUGGAGGAGCUGCGAGCGACCAGGACGGAGUGGACGGAUCUCUGUACUUGUCCAGCGAAGGUGAGCGCCGCUACCGCUGCCUCUUCUGCUCGUACGGCGCCUCGCAGAAGGGCAACCUGAAGACCCACGUGCGCAGCGUCCACCACGUGACCUUCGACCCCUCGCUCUACCCGGACCGCCGCUUCAAGCGCUGCCGCCCAGGGGAUCGCCCCCUCCUCCCCUGCCCCCCCGGCCCCCACCCAGGCCUCCCCGGCCCCCACCCAGGCCUCCCCGGCCCCCACCCCGGCAUGUCCACCCCGGGUGGACCCUCCGAGCGCGGCGGUGGACUUCAGCAGCGAGAGGUUGCGGCUGCGUCGACGGCGGUGGCGGCAGAAGCCUCCCAGGAGGAGUUAAGUGACCCCGAUGACGACGACGGCGGUGAUGGUGGUGGCGGUGAUGGUGGUGGCGGUGAUGGUGGUGGCGGUGAUGGUGGUGGCGGUGAUGGUUGUGGCGAUGCGGAACAUGCUGGUCGUGGUGAUGGUGGUCACGAUGGUGAUGGUGGUGCUUGCGGUGAUGGAGGCGGAAGACGCUUUGUGGAGGUGAAGGUUGGAGGUUUAAAAGCAGGGCCAUUGAACGGACCUGAUUCGUGCGGUAGUGGUGGUGGUGGUGGUGACGAGGCAGGAGAGAAGGAGGAUGAAGAGGAGAUUCAGGAAGAGGUUCAAGAGGAGGAGGAAGACGUUCAGGAUGAUGACGAAGAGGACGAGGUUGAAGACGAGAAAGUGGAGAACGAAGAGCAGGAAGAAGACAUUGGCGAAGAAGAUGUUGAGGAGGAGGAGGAGGAGUUGGACGAUGAGAAGGACGAUGGUGACGAGGAGGUUGAAGCUGCCGCGUGGACAAGUGACACAACUCGAGCCGACGCUGAGAAAGAUGAUGUGGGUGACCGUGAUGAUGAUGAUGAAGAAGAUGAUGAUGAUCAUGGUGCUGUCGACGAGAGAGGAGUGACGCACGCGAGGAUGGGCGCGCGCCACGUGGACUGACGUCAAGACGCGGGCCCUUGGGAUGAGUCUUGCGGACAUGAAGAGGAGAAGGGGGGGGGGGGGGAAACUCUGCACCAAACUUUUCUUCACGGACGCCCCCGGUUCUUCCGUGGACGCUACGCGAAUAUCGAUUUCGUAAUCGAGUUAGUUUUUUUUUAUUCAAGAUCCAGCCGCGCGAUGAUUAUCUAUUUGUUGUUAUUGUUGUUGUUGUUGCUGUGAAGCCCUCCACCACCUAACACGGCCAGACAUUAAAUCAUAAUUAUUGUUGUCGUGUCAAUUUUCACAGCAGAGUUGAGCGGUUAGACAGGCGACGCCUUCCUUGAAGCUGCGUCAAGCAUCGCCAGGUCAGGUUGGAGACCCAGGAAGGCACAAAUUGUUUGGCCCUCUUACUGACACUACAUUAUUUUCAUGCUUUUGGUUGUCGUGAGAAAAAUGUUUCUAUUUUGACGUGCUGGCGGUGACUUGACCCCCGCUGCGAUCGCUCGCACACCUACGUGUACAUUUCAUUUGUUUUCGGGCUGCGUUGGGUGGUGGAGGGUCUUCACGACACAACAUCUGGCCACGUCAAUUGGGCGGUGGGUCCAAUUACCCCCCCCCCCUCUUCCUCCGCCCCCCCUCCUCCCCCCCCAAAAAAAAUAUAUCACGAAUCUUGAUGAUGACUGUGAAAAAAAACCUUCCGAGCGUUAAGUUCAAUAGCGUUGUCUCGAACUCCUUACCAUCAUCAGCAGUUGCAUCCUCAGACGCUGCCGUAUUACCUGUCUGUACAGUGAGCCGACGUUUCGGGUGAUGGGCCAUUUUCAGGGGACGGAUGAAGGCGUUUCUCAGAGAAGUCAAUGACAUCGGCUCUUGAAAACAAAAAAAACGAACGGAGUUUGUUGGGAUCCACACGAAGGGGUUUGAUGUCUCGCUUUCACGAGAACUGGAGGCAGGGGCGGAACGCGACAUCCAUUGAGGUGGACUGGGCGUGGUGGUGUGUGCGGGGGUGCGGGCAUUAUUUCGUGGCAGAUGCAAAGCCCUCUCUGGUCAUAAACAUUUAAAUUUGUUGUAGCCACAUGGCGGUCGCAUCGGCUUAAGUAGAAAUGAAGAUAUUCGAUGAAAAAAAAACAUAUUGCAUUGGAAAUAUGAAUAUUAAUAAUUUUAUGUGAUCAAAACUCAUUUAGUUAAUAUUAAUCGAUUUUUGGAAAAAAUAAAAUAAAUAUGGAAUGUAAAAAAAACCCAUCUAGUUAAAGUAAACUUCGAGUUUAAAUAAAUCUAUUUUUUUUAAAUACCCAGUCGUGUGCGGUGCGUUAUUUAAAUUAUAUGUCAAUUAUAUGUAAAUUAUAUACACAUGAUAUGCUAAUUUCUGCUCAUUGCACCGUGCAAAGUAAUCGAACGAACAGAACGAGACGCGGGAGGGGGGUGGGAAUCAUCGGCAAACGGAGCAGAUACGAACUAUGGAACAAACCCAUUAUCAAUAGUUUAACCAUUAUCGAUUCGUGACCCCGUGUGACCCCGAGUCACCGUAACUCAGUAAGUCACUCGGGAGGGCAAUGGUUCCAUAUGGAGAGGAAUGUAACCAGGGAUUUAAUUUCCCCUGCGAUGUUUUCCAGAGCUCAGUCCCGGGCGGCUCCAUCUGAAAUUAAUCCCCCACCCCUCCCACUGCUCACCCACCUCCCCUCCGACUCCGUCACGAUUCAAGGAAUUGUCACGAUUCGAUAGACAAAAAAUACAUUGUAGCCUCGAGUGGCUGGAGAAGUUGCCAUUAAAUCAUUGGCUACAACGUCUACGAAUCGAAAGCCAUUGAUUCAUGAGCUUUUCAUUCUUGACCAUCUUCAACCAAACCAGCGUGGUAAAGUUUGACCAAAUGAUGCCCUCGCGACCCGCACAUGAGCACACAAGUCUAGAACACGAUUGUGUGAUUGUCUAAUUCAUAUGGGCAGUGUUUGGUGAUGGUGUUGAUGAUGGUGGUAACGGCAGUGGUAAAGUAUUUAAUCCCCUUUUGCCCCUUAUAAUCAAUUAAUUACAUUUCAGCCGGAGCUGCCCGGGGCUGAGUUCCGGAAAGACCCCUCCCCAACACGAGAUAUGAAGCCCUUUUUACACCACUUCCUACCCCCCACGUACCCCCCCCCCCCCCCACUCAUUCACCUCCCACUCCCCCCUCCUAAAAGACCACAAUCAACUUAGAGCAAUUUUGGAGCAAUUGUUGUCGGCAAUUGACAAGUCCAGGACCCUUCCUCCCCCACCCCGACGGUACGAGGCCACGCGGGCCACGCGCGAGCCGCGAUUUCAUUCCAGACGAACCGUGACGGCCCCGCGUUGAGGCCCAACCACUUAGAGGCGGCCCGAAAAAAAAGAAUCGAUUGUGUUUUUGUUUGUUUGUUUGUUUAUCCGUCACUGCUAAGUAAGCAUCUUGGCCAUACUCAUCGGGUACCAGAGUGCAGGGGUGGGUCGGGUUGGGCACCGUGUGUCUAAUUUAACAGAAGUAAUGACAUCAAAAGCGAACGUUUUCCACCUUCACAUUUCCGUCUCUCCUACUCACGUCUUGAAUAAAACUUGCGAAAAUGUUUUUUUCCGAACACACAAUCAUCAUUAUGCACGCACGACCUUGGUGAGCGAAGUGCGUAAUUUCAGCAGCGGUGGUUUCAGUGAAGCAAGACGCUGGACGGGUUUCGACUUUUAGUGUCUCAUCAGCAGAAGUGUCAUCGGGCUCGCGUUCGACGCAGGAUUAUAUAAUGUAUAUGACAUGAUCAAAGUUACGUAAUUAUGUUUGCAUUCACAUAUUGUUUUUUUUACAAUAUAAUUUAUCAUUUUUUGCAUUUUCUAUACAUUAUAUAAUUUAUGUUCGGUUAUAUAAUACGUUAUCAGGUAUCAGAUAAUGUAGUGGUUAGCGUGCUGCGCUACGAACCCGGCCACCCGAGUUUGACUACCGCUCACGGCCAACAUCGUUGGUGAAAAUCUGAACGGGUCCUUGGGCCUCCCCUAGGUCGACUCAACCUCACAUGGGUACCUGGUGCGUUGUGUAAACAUUGCCACUAACCGGUCACCCCCCCCCCCCCCCCCGAAAAAAAUAUCCAAAGUGAUCUCAAAUGACCCACGUUGACUCAACGCCUGAUCACAGUCCUACAGAGCCGGUGGUGGAGAUUUCACGUUCCUAUGGUGCCGGGAAGAGUCUGUCUAUAACACAACCAACCCCGCCCCCAGCCUUCACAGACUUUUGGGGCAAGUGCUGUUAUCGAGCAGCCCAUAUGAAGGCCGGCAAUGCGCACGAGGGGGUGGGUGGCCAGCACCACGCCACACACACACACGCCACACACACACGCCACACACACACACGCCUACCGGAUGACAAGGCGCGCCUAGGGGACAAAGUGCGUCUUAUAAUCCGGUGAAUAUGGCUCAGGAGUCGCGCGACCAAUUCCAAUGCAAGAAACGCUGCUGCGCUCUUAUCGGUCACAACGUUGAUGCUCGGUGCUGUUUGUUGCUGCACGCUCAGCAACUGUUGUUUUACAAAAUAACACAAAAAAACUGACAAAAGCCAUCGCCUUCGCAAUCAUCGCGCGACCUCAUUCAUCACCGCCAGGCGAACCGCUUUGUUCACAUCCGAGCGAGCAGUUUGCGCGGCUUCCAAUCGCGGAGACGUCACGGUGACCCACACGAGUGGUGGUGGUGGCGAGAGAGGGGGUCUCCUAGGUGAAGGUGGCUUCGGCAGUGUGUGACACGCGCCAAUCGCUUACAACUGCUGCGACUCCAGUGUAGUCUUCAUUGCGGUGUGAUGCGAGAGGAGUUAUCCGAGGUGUGUGUGUGUGUAACCGCAGUGCGUGUGUGUGUUUCUGUCUGCGUUAAAAGCUCACAGAUUCUCUAAAGAUCUGGAAACAGUACCACAUUAUCAUCCUCGGUGAGCUCUUCCGGCAGGCGAGGCUGCGUUAGCUGGGUCACAUAGCUCACAAGCCCAGCCACUGCAUGUCCAAAGCAGCUUCUGUUUGGCCGGAUCGAGGGGUGCUAAACGGGCGCGGCACGGGAUAGAGACGGAGACGGGCUGAUGUGCAGCUCAGUGGACUUGCCGAUGACCGAUACCAGCGGUGUCAAGAUCGGCCUCUAAGGGGGACGCUCAUGAAGGACCCAACUGGGCAGCUGGAGGCAGUCGCCCUCCAGCAACAACGGAGGAGGGAGGAGCGACGCUCACAAAAACGAGCGAAGCGCCGGGCGCCUAAAACACAGCAAGUUGUCACAGUAUGGGACACAGGUGGUACAUCUGCCAUUCAUCUCACUCAGUCAACACAUGGCACCUGGGUCUAUCCCGUGACCUCCUUCCAGCGGGACUUCGAUACUUCGCACGGCUUCAACGUGCACCUAGCCUGGCACAGACGCCGUGUUGACGUCACCACCACCUAGUGGCGAACGGUGGCUGUGUGCUCGCUAACAGCACUUGCCCCAACAGUCUGUUUAGAGGCUAUACAGGAGAUCUUUGGCUUUGUAUGUAUGCACGCGAAUGUUUUUUUUGUACAUGCGUGUUUUCGUACAUGCGUGUACAUGUCUGUGUGAGUGUAUGUGUCCACGUAUACACGUGCGUGCUCGCGUACGUACGUUUGUAUAUAGGAUCGUGUACAUAUACCACGUGUGCGGUUAGGGCUAUAUAGUUAUCCACACUUUUUUGAGAUGAUGUCUCGUUAAAAAACAAACAUUAAUGAUGUUAAUAAAACAAAUAAAGAAGCAACACAGUCUUUGUCAUCUUCAUCACAAACACGUUUAGCCGGGCGGUAACAGCGGUGGUG